CGGCAGAGGCGGCGGCGGCGGCUGAGGGACGGCGACGCGGCACGCGGGGCGGCGCGACAGGACGAGCGAGGGCUGCGCGGCUCUCCGCAGCUGCCGCCUCGCCGCAGCCGGGCCGCAGGGCGCCGCAGCGGGUGCGAGGCCUGUGAGGCGGCCGGAGCGGCGUCCUGUCAGGCGGCGCGGGCGCGGCGGACGGCGCCGCGAUGAUGCCGAUGAUAUUAACCGUGUUCUUGAGCAACAAUGAACAGAUUUUAACAGAAGUUCCUAUAACACCAGAAACCACCUGUCGAGAUGUCGUAGAAUUCUGCAAGGAACCUGGAGAGGGCAGUUGCCACCUGGCCGAAGUGUGGAGAGGAAGUGAGCGCCCCAUCCCCUAUGACCACAUGAUGUAUGAGCACCUGCAGAAGUGGGGACCUCGCAGAGAAGAAGUAAAAUUUUUUCUUCGUCAUGAGGAUUCUCCAACUGAGAGCAGUGAACAAGGUGCCCGUCAGACCCAAGAGCAGAGAACUCAGAGAAGUGUAGUAAAUGUACCUGGAGAAAAGCGCACUGAAAAUGGGGUUGGGAAUCCACGUGUUGAACUUACCCUCUCAGAACUUCAAGAUAUGGCAGCCAGGCAGCAGCAGCAAAUUGAAAAUCAGCAGCAAAUGUUGGUUGCCAAGGAACAGCGUUUACAUUUUCUAAAGCAACAGGAGCGCCGCCAGCAGCAGUCCAUUUCUGAAAAUGAAAAGCUUCAGAAACUGAAAGAGCGAGUUGAAGCCCAGGAAAACAAGCUGAAGAAGAUCCGUGCCAUGAGAGGACAAGUUGACUACAGCAAGAUCAUGAACGGAAAUCUGUCUGCUGAGAUAGAAAGGUUCAGUGCCAUGUUCCAGGAAAAGAAGCAGGAAGUUCAGACUGCAAUCUUACGAGUUGAUCAGCUUAGUCAGCAACUAGAAGAUUUAAAGAAAGGAAAACUGAAUGGGUUCCAGUCAUACAAUGGCAGGUUGACAGGGCCAGCAGCAGUGGAGUUAAAACGACUCUACCAAGAGCUGCAGAUCCGUAACCAGCUUAAUCAGGAACAGAACUCCAAGCUCCAGCAGCAGAAGGAGCUCUUGAACAAGCGCAACAUGGAAGUGGCCAUGAUGGAUAAGCGGAUCAGUGAGCUGCGGGAGCGCCUGUACGGCAAGAAAAUCCAGCUGAACCGUGUGAAUGGCACAUCGUCACCACAGUCACCCCUGAGCACAUCUGGCCGGGUCGCUGCUGUGGGUCCUUAUAUCCAGGUUCCCAGUACUGGGGGGUUCCCUCUCCCAGGGGACCCUGUGAAGCCCCAGUCUCUCACCAUUGCCUCAAGUGCUGCCCACGGAAGAUCCAAAUCUGAUGGCUACAGUAGAGGCAGAGGGACCAGCACAUGGACAGUGUCAGACCUGGACGUCGGGCCUCAUUGUGGCUCCUCGGGGCACUCUGCAAGCCCACUUGCAAACUCUAAUGAUGGAAACUGGCCACCAUUAAAGCAGAAUUCUGCUUCCGUGAAGUCAACUCAGAUGACUGGAGACUGGAAGGACUCAGGCAUGGAGGGGACCCUAAAGCAAGGUGCCAUCUCAAGCCAGCCUUUGCCUUUGUCAGCACUGGGAGCUACCGAAAAGCUGGGCAUUGAGAUUGGCAAAGGGCCACCUCCCAUACCUGGUGUAGGCAAGCCACUGCCCCCAAGUUAUGGGACAUAUCCAAGUUCUGGGCCCUUGGGCCCAGGAUCAACAAGCUCUCUGGAGAGGAGGAAAGAAGGAAGCUUGCCCAGACCUGCUGCAGGCCCACCGAGUCGGCAGAAACCUGCCCCGCUGCCCCCAGCAGGCAAUGCUCCCCAGCCCGGCUCCUCACAGCAGAUUCAGCAGAGGAUCUCAGUGCCACCAAGUCCCACAUACCCGCCAGCGGGGCCACCUGCCUUUCCAACUGGAGAUGGAAAACCUGAGCUUCCACUCACCGUGGCCAUUAGGCCUUUUCUGGCUGAUAAAGGGUCAAGGCCACAAUCUCCCAGGAAAGGACCUCAGACAGUAAAUUCAAGUUCUAUAUACUCCAUGUACCUCCAGCAAGCCACACCACCUAAGAAUUACCAGCCACCAGCGCAUGGCACCUUAAAUAAGUCAGUUAAAGCAGUAUAUGGUAAGCCUGUCCUGCCGUCAGGGUCAGCAUCUCCAUCACCCUUACCAUUUCUUCAUGGGUCACUGGGCACAGGCGCGGCACAGCCUCAGCCACCUUCAGACUGUGCUGAGAAAGAGCCAGAACAGGAAGGCCCCAGUGUACCUGGAGAAGGCAGCACGGUGGAAAGCCUGCCACGGCCACUCAGUCCCACCAAACUCACGCCCAUCGUACACUCCCCACUCCGUUAUCAGAGUGAUGCAGACCUGGAAGCUCUCCGCAGGAAGCUGGCCAAUGCACCCCGACCCCUGAAGAAGCGCAGCUCUAUCACAGAGCCAGAGGGCCCUGGAGGGCCCAACAUUCAAAAGUUGCUUUAUCAACGCUUCAACACCCUGGCUGGUGGCAUGGAGGGUACCCCUUUCUACCAGCCCAGCCCUUCCCAGGACUUUGUGGGCACCUUAGCUGACAUGGACAAUGGAAACACCAAUGCCAACGGCAACCUGGAUGAGCCCUUCCCUCCCCGGCCCACGGCCCCACUUCCUGAGGAGCUUGCCCCGUCCUCAGAUGCCAAUGAUAAUGAGUUGCCUUCCCCUGAGCCAGAGGAGCUCAUAUGUCCCCAAACAACUCCUCAGACUGCUGAGCCCACUGAAGACAAUAACAACAAUGUGGCCACAGUACCCUCCACAGAACAGAUCCCAAGUCCUGUGGCUGAGGCUCCUUCAGAGGAGGAUCAAGUCCCUCCAGCACCUCUUUCCCCUGUCAUCCAUCCUCCAGCAGCAUCUGCGAGCAAACGCACCAACCUGAAGAAGCCUAACUCUGACCGGACAGGGCAUGGGCUGAGAGUGCGCUUCAACCCCCUAGCACUGCUUCUGGACGCUUCUCUGGAAGGAGAGUUUGAUCUCGUGCAGAGGAUCAUCUAUGAGGUGGAGGACCCUAGCAAACCCAAUGAUGAAGGGAUCACCCCCCUACACAAUGCUGUCUGUGCUGGCCACCACCAUAUCGUGAAAUUUCUGCUGGACUUUGGUGUCAAUGUGAAUGCUGCAGACAGUGAUGGAUGGACACCACUACAUUGUGCUGCCUCUUGCAACAGUGUCCACCUCUGCAAGCAGCUGGUGGAAAGUGGAGCCGCUAUCUUUGCCUCCACCAUCAGUGACAUUGAGACUGCUGCAGACAAGUGUGAAGAGAUGGAAGAGGGAUACAUCCAGUGUUCUCAGUUUCUGUAUGGGGUACAAGAGAAGCUGGGAGUGAUGAACAAAGGCACCGUGUAUGCUUUGUGGGACUACGAGGCCCAGAACAGCGAUGAGCUGUCCUUCCAUGAAGGGGAUGCCAUCACCAUCCUGAGGCGCAAAGAUGAAAACGAGACUGAGUGGUGGUGGGCUCGUCUUGGGGACCGGGAGGGCUAUGUGCCCAAAAACUUGCUGGGGUUGUAUCCACGGAUCAAACCCCGGCAGCGAACACUUGCCUGAGCCCCCUGGAGUACCACAGUCUUGUUUGCUCCCAGGAGCUACUGGAGAAGACCCCAGCUGCCCUGGAAAAACUGAAGCUAGGAUGAUGGUUUCAUGGUGCUCACUGUGCAGACAGUAUCCACAAUGUGAAUCCGACUUCCCAGGUGAGGCCCUUCCCGGUCUGCAGUGGCUGGGAGAGGUAGUACUUUGGCCUUCAGAGGACUGCAUUUUUGCCAAUUACUGUAAAUCCACAUAAAUACCCCGCUUCCAAAACACCCAGCCCUUUCACCAGUGAAGUCAUGACAUGAACCCUGACUGUGCCAGUGAAGACAAAGCGCUGACGUGGCCCAGAGGCCCCUUCUCAUAUUAAAGUCUCAGACCCUGAACAAGAGCAAGCUGCUGCUACCAGGUGGCUUUGGCUACCCAUUCUUGGAAAGCCUCAAACCAUCAUCCUUUCUCCCAUUGCCUCACUACCAAAGGAGCCCAUGUGGAAACUGCUGUUUGGUUACCUAUGACGUUCGGCUGUGGCUGGAUGCGCAUGCCUCAGCACGUGGAGUUCUCCAAUUCCUCCAGCUUCUAGCUGCACAGUGUCAUUUUUAUCCUCCCCUUUUUGGCAUAAGCUCAUCUGUUCUGAGUAGCUAAGACAAGGGAGUCUGGGCAAUGAUGAGUCUAAGUCAAGUCUGUGGUGGGCUGGGCAAAGCCACCUGGCAGCCCUUGACGCUGUCACUGGCUGCAACCCGAGCAAGGCAAGCUCCGUUCUGGAGCUUGGACUCUGUAGACAGGCUUUUUCUACACCAGGAUUGUUUUUCAACCAGGCCAUUGGAAACCAGCAGGACCAUGCUGGCAGUGUUUCCUCUGUCAGAACACAGGCCCCUAGGCUUUAUUUUUCAUGUGAGUCUUGUGCAGAACUAUGUGUAAAUCCGGGUAGGCUCUGGGAGCAGUGCUGUGGUCAGCCACCAUGUGCUGAUUCGAACCUGUGAGCACCCUCUGCCAUCCCAGUGCCACCGAUGCUGUGUGACAUGCACAAUAAACUGCUGUCUCACACCUGG